GGAUGUCACUUUCACUAGUGAUCUGUGGCAAAGUACGGCCCUGCCGAUGGGAACCCAACUGCAGAUGACAUCAGGGCUCCACCCUGAGUCAAACGGCCAAGCUGAGCAGAUGAACAGGGUAGUGCAACACUUGCUACGGCACUAUAAUAAGCCUAGCCAAGAUGACUGGGAUGAGAAGUUACCUCUCGUCGCUAACAUGUAUAACAACGCUGUGUCCACAGCACUACCAGCAUGACUUCCAACCAGCUGCAUCUUGGUUGGAAKCCCAKAUCUGCUCKUGACUUCCUGUUGCCUGAGAAAUUGAGAAUCAGCCCCCACUGCACUGCGGCACCAGGCAGCAURGAGUUUGCUGUYAAUAUGAACAGCUGCGGCAGCAGGCUGUCGAACAGAUAAAGAAGUCUCRGGAUGCCAUGAUGAUUGCAUCGGAGAAUAGGCACAGACRGCCAUCUGCAUUCCAGGUAGGUGUACGRCGUGUCUGGGUUAAGGCAUCUGAGUUAGGACAGGAAUUGGGAAUCUCUAGGAAACUGAUGCCGCAGUACUUCGGCCCAUGGGAAAUUGUAGACGUGGUUGGGGGUGCACCAGAUGGGCCAACAACUUAUGUCAUCCGAAUCCCUGGGCACUUAACGCACACACCCUGUUUUCCAUGCCUGCCUUCAAACAUGGUGUUCGCGUUUUUCUCCCCGAUGGCUCCUUUUUCUGAGACCGACAGGUUUCCUUCCAAUGAGAUCUAUGCUGCCCUUAACCAUGGAUGAACACGUGGAUAUUGAUGACAGUGUUGAGCACAAGCUGAUGCCUGUGCUCAAGCCUCCAGGCAGGGGACGACCUUCGAAACCGCAGAUGCAGUACAGAGUGCGGUUCAGGCACCAUCUUGAUCCUAUAAAGAAGAUCGAUGGCUCACGAGAGAAGAAUUAAUGAAGUGUGCUGCUCCACAGGUUAUCGCAGGAUAUGAGAGAAGAUUAGAAGGGAAGCAGCCUGCUGAAUGAAGACUUGUCAGAGGACUAUCGAAGUAAAGGAGGAGGGAGUGCGAGAAUUUUACCCCUCGGCAUACCAGCAUAAGGGCCCUUGCAGCAGGCGCGUGCCCGCCCUAAGUGAAGGCGGGCCCCUGAAUCUCAAUGAGCGAGCCCUGAAUUCGUCAAUUUUUGCAAAUCUUUGUGGGCACCAGACAGUUGCCAUGCGCCAGUUGGUUACAUCUGCCUUGCACGUGAGAAUCUGAAAUAUUUGUGAGCUUUCCAGCCGCUCUUCCAGCAACAUGGGGAAAGCAGGGAACACCGCACAUUUGUGCCUGGGUGGCUGGGCACUCCUGAGUCCUAACCAAUUCAGUCCCAGGCCACUGUCUGAACGGGCCUGCGCCCAGGCACUUUGGCCCAACUCUAGGCUAGAGGGCACACACGUGUCCCAGCCGGGCAGCAAGGCUGCGAGCGCUUUCCAUUUAGGAAAGUGCCUGCCAAGGAAGCAGGCAUUCGGCACGUGCUAGUGCAAGCGGCAGCGCUGCUGGAGCGUGUGCUCGCUCCUGCAUGCUAGUGCUAGGUGGUGUGCCAAUGCAAAUGCAGUCGCGAGAGAAGCAGGGCGCUGCAGUGAGGCAGUGCCAUAGCCUAGCCCCCAUAGCCGGGGUUGGGAUUGGAUGGUUAGCGGAGGUGGUGGUGGUCUUCGUGAGAGUGGAGACGUGGGUGAAGAAGAUGAGGGUGAGCAAGAUAGAGAGAUGAAGUAGAUGAUGUGAGGGUACGUACCUGGUCUUGACGGUGGUCUACAUGGUCGACAUCGGCAUGAACUUCGGUUGUUGCUGCUGACGUCAACUGGUUGUUUCGUCACCUUUGUGGUAUAGGAUAGUAGCUGUGCCAUGGUACUCUGGCCGCUGACCGACAAGUAGGAGGUAAGAGUUUCAAAGACAUUGUUGGUGGUGGUGAGAGUAUGCUUUCAUUGACAAUUGAGAUCGCUGCUUUGGUUCUCCUUUGGUGUGAUAUCAGUGCAUUUCUGCUUUGUGGACAGCAUUCGACUAUCUGGCGUUCAUUGUGAUUUUGCAAUCUGGAAUUCUGUCAUUUCGGUAUUGCUCAGUUUCCUUGCAUAUCAGACUUGUUAGUUAGUUAGUGUUUUUUUUUUUU